AUGUUGGGCGCACAAGCUUUACGGACUAAACAGAUGCAUCGUAACGCAUGCGAAGAUGCGGCCGCCCAAUUCAUGGAGAUCACCGCCAAUCCACCGUUGAAAGUUCGUUCGAUGAGUCUGAGUAAAAGUGGUGACGAAUUGCUUAUUGUCACCACAAAGCAUCGUCACUCUGUUCAUUCCGGCACAGUACCACAUUUGCAAGUUCGUAUGACUCAUCGGAACAGUAGCUCGAAUGGGAGCACUGAUCGAUUUGAGUUGGAACCAGUGGAGCCAACCUCUGGUGGACCACAACGAAGCACGUCCAGUGACUACUGUAAAGUGGAUAAGAAGAAUUCAAUAUCUGGUACCACACGCCUCUUAAAAUGGUUGGGGAUUUCGGACAAGCAGACAUCGGAACCGACGGAGCAGCCCGCAAAGAAGCCAAUGUCCAAGCGCCGGAUGUCUACAUUUACCUAA